AUGGCCUCAUCCCGACUAGCAGCAAGAUCUAGAGAUAUUGCCAAUGUCAUGCAACGACUUCAAGGAGCAAGUGCAGACAUAAGAACACAAAGACAUUUCUUGGCACGUCUACAUGGCAGCCCUGAAUCAGUACAGUUGGAGCUGGGUGCUCAAGGGGAGAUUGGAAUUGACAGUAUUCGCAGUGUAAAAGGAAUGGAGAGGGUUUGGAGAAGCUGCACACUACACAAGACAGGAAUAGCAGCCGCAGCAGCAGCAGCAGCAGCAGUGCUUAUGGCUCGCUACAAAGGUGCUGGUGUCAGAAACAUUGCAUCGUUAAAUCUGCUUCCUGGGUUCUUUCAGCACCAACAGGAUGAACAAGAGUCAGUGCAGAAAAGGACUUUCACAAAAUGGAUCAAUACUCAUCUGGCCAAGCGCAAUCCUCCCAUGCUGGUGAAUGAUCUGUUUGAAGAUAUCAAAGAUGGGGUAAUGCUAAUUGCCCUUUUGGAGGUUCUUUCAGGGCAGAAGCUGCCUUGUGAACAGGGACGUCAGCUGAAGAGAAUUCACUGGGUUGCCAACAUUGGCACAGCUCUUAAGUUUCUAGAAGGAAGACGGUCCAUAUACAGAGGAUCUCCGAUAAAGCUUGUCAACAUAAACUCAACAGAUAUUGCUGAUGGUAGGCCUUCUAUUGUGCUUGGCUUGGUGUGGACCAUAAUUUUAUACUUCCAGAUUGAAGAGCUUACCAGCAACCUCCCACAGCUCCAGACAUUAUCUAGCAGCACUUCUUCUGUGGAGAGCGUUGUCAGUUCAGAAACUGCAAGUCCCCCAAGCAAACGGAAGGUGGUAACCAAGGUCCAAGGAAGUGCCAGGAAGGCUUUGUUAAAAUGGAUACAAUACACAGCAGCAAAGCAAGUUGGAAUUGAAAUCAAAGAUUUUGGACAAAGUUGGAGGAGUGGUGUUGCCUUUCAUUCUGUUAUUCAUGCUAUCCGGCCAGAUUUAGUAGACAUGGAGAAAGUAAGGGGAAGGUCAAAUAGAGAAAACCUGGAAGAAGCUUUCACACUUGCAGAAGCAGAACUAGGAAUUCCAAGGCUCCUUGAUCCAGAAGAUGUGGAUGUUGACAAGCCAGAUGAAAAGUCUGUCAUGACCUAUGUAGCCCAGUUUUUGAAGUACUAUCCUGAUCCUCAUCAUACAGUGACUGAUGUGCAGGAGAAUGAU